AUGCGGUUCGGGCCAAAGUUGAAAUUGCUCGCGACAGCAGUACUCGCUGCCACUCCUGUUUUUGGACAACAUAUCACCUCUGAUAGGACUGACUACGACUCAGUUCUUAUGGUUGGAAAUGUUGAAGUUGAUGCUGGUGCAACUUGGAGGAUCUACAAUGCACUUGUGGAAACCUUCUUUGGCAGCAUUAACAUCAAGGGUAGAUUGUUUAUUACUAUUGACAGAUAUCCUUUCUCAUUAUCUAUUACCUCUGGUACACUUAAAGAUUUUAAUAACUCUGGAGUUAUCUACUUCAAGUCUAUUCGUUCGGGAGUCGCUCCAAUUUACUCCUUUGUCGUUGGGAAGUUUUAUAAUACUGGUGAUAUUUUUUUUAGUGCCGCCGGAAAUGUUCUUCAAUCUGUUUAUACCAUUGCCGCUCCUGAUUGGACUAAUGCUAAAGGGGGUUCUAUUUUCUUGUAUCAAGAUAAGAGAGCCAAUGGAUACGCGACAUUAGGAAGAGUGGGUACAACAAUUACCAAUGAAGGUCAAGUUUGUAUCAGAAACCAUGCUUGGACUUCUAACACAAAUGUCAAAGGUUCCGGUUGUAUUGACGUUGGUCUUAAUUCCAACUUUUGGUUCAUCAACUCUCUUAAAGACUUCGAUCCAAAGCAAACUAUUUACCUUUCUACUUCAUCUUCCAGUUUGUUGAUUGAAUCUCUUGGAAGGGCACAAACUUAUUUGGUUGCAGGAUUUGGUGACAAUAACAUUAUUGGUCUUACCGUCACUAUCACAAAAUUCAAAUAUGAUCCAAAUACAGGGAUAAUGAACCUUAUGACAGGCUUGCCCCCAUUCUACUUCAAUCAGUUUUUCAAUAUUGGUAAAGGUUACGACCCUGCCAAGUUUGUUAUUCAAACUGUUAACUAUGGUGGUCUGAUUGGAAAAGGUAUUUACAAUGCUGGAGUUAAGUAUUAUGGACCAGUUCCAAGAGAUAGUACCCCACAUACAGCAUGUACUGUUUGUAAGGAUGAACCUCCAUUGGUGGAUCCAUCCAGCUCUGUUGUACCAUCUAGUACAAUUCCAUCUAGCACUGUUCCACCAUCUAGCUCUGCUGCUCCAUCAAGCUCUGCUGCUCCAUCCAGCUCUGCUGCUCCAUCCAGCUCUGCUGCUCCAUCCAGCUCUGCUGCUCCAUCCAGCUCUGCUGCUCCAUCCAGCUCUGCUGCUCCAUCCAGCUCUGCUGCUCCAUCCAGCUCUGCUGCUCCAUCCAGCUCUGCUACUCCAUCUAGCUCUGCUGCUCCAUCCAGCUCUGCUGCUCCAUCCAGCUCUGCUACUCCAUCUAGCUCUGCUACUCCAUCUAGCUCUGCUGUUCCAUCGAGUUCUAUUCCAUCUAGCUCUGCUAUUCCAUCCCCAAGUGGCUGCCCUGUUGAGAAUUCAGGUACACAGGGCUUACAUGGGUCACCACAAAAGGGUCUUCAUGCAACCUUUUACCCUUACGGCUUUGCUGAUGAUGAUACUCUGAAGAACGUCGGGUUUAUGACUCAAGGUUACAAGAAUGGUAAGAGUUACGCUGAAGUUGAGAAUGUGUCUGAUUUUGAAUUGAACAUUUACCAGCCAUCGAGUAACCUGGCUCAAAAUACUAUCUAUGGAAAGUCCAUGAAGCAAAACUUUUUAGUGGAGCUUACAGGUUACUUCCAAGCCCCUGAGACUGCUGACUAUAUAUUUAGUAUUACGGUUGAUGAUGCGAUGGUAGUCCAAAUUGGCGCUGGCCAAGCAUUCGAUUGUUGUGACACAACUUCUAGUGGAAAUAGUGAAGCUUCAUUGUUUGGCCAUUGGACAAACAACUUGCAAUUACUCGGAAGAGAUUCAAAAACGAUUUCACUUACUGCUGGAUCUUUUUACCCUAUUAAGAUUGUAUACAACAAUAUGGGAGGUCCUAUUUUGUUAUCGUUAAGUGCUACGACUCCAUCAGGAUCCAUUUCUCUUAAGGACCACUUUUUUACCUUUGAAAACACGGGAGCUGGGUGUCCAGCCCCAUCUCAAUCUAGCUCUGCUGCUCCAUCCAGCUCUGCUGCUCCAUCCAGCUCUGCUGCUCCAUCCAGCUCUGCUGCUCCAUCCAGCUCUGCUGCUCCAUCCAGCUCUGCUGCUCCAUCCAGCUCUGCUGCUCCAUCCAGCUCCGAAGGUCCAUCUAGCUCUGCCGCUCCAUCUAGCUCUGCUGCUCCAUCCAGCUCUGAAGGUCCAUCCAGCUCCGCUGCUCCAUCUAGCUCCGUUCCAGAAGAUUGUGUCACAUCUGAAGUGCCUGUUUCGACUUGUAUUGAGACUAGUAUUGAAACAGUUCAAUGCGAAACUUCCACUGUGAAAUCUAGUGUUGCAGUCAUUUCAUCUGUGACCACUACUGUUUGUGACACUUCUGCAGUUCCAACCUCUGUAUGCUCCACAGUAACCUCAAAAUCCUGCAAGGCCUCUCCUGCUUGCCCAACAGGUAAGUUUGGAAGAAGACUUAAGACCAAGAAUGUUCCUGAUGCAAAGUUCAGUGUCUCUGAUGUUACAUUAAUUAAGGAUCUUACAUAUUCCGUGACCCUUGGUAUGACAGCCGACAAAAAUAUGGACAAGAAAAAUUUGGGUGCUUUGAGUUUGAGUUGUGGAAACGUUAAGCAUACACUUUUCGAUCCUAAGGCAAAGAUUGACAAGAUUAGUAACAUAAAGGAUUGGUCACAUAACUUUCAAGUCAAAUGUUUGGAUUUCGGUGACAAGAUUUGUUUGCCUAGCAUUCUGAUCCUGUUCCAAUGGUGUAUCUUUACCCCACAUGCUUCACUUUGUAAGUCGUGGUCUUUCUCCCAUAACUAUGAUUAUAAAUUUGGUUGUGGAAAUGAACUUGACUUCGAUUGGUCUCAAUACUGUUGGCCAAAACCUCCAAAGACACUGUGCAAAUCCACAAACUACUUAAGUACCAUUUGCAAGACUUCGAGCUUCCCAACUACAACUUGGAAUACCAAUGAGGUUACCACUACUAAAUGCAAAACCUCCCAUGUUCCAACAAGUAGCUGCACGACCAGUUACAGUACUGUGACUCUGUGUCCUUCUAUUAUUCCAUCCAGCUCUGAAGGUCCAUCUAGUUCUGAAGGUCCAUCCAGUUCCGAAGGUCCAUCCAGUUCCGAAGGUCCAUCUAGCUCUGAAGGUCCAUCCAGUUCCGAAGGUCCAUCCAGUUCAGUAGCUCCAUCUAGUUCUGAAGGUCCAUCUAGCUCUGAAGUUCCAUCCAGUUCUGCUGCUCCAUCCAGUUCCGAGGGUCCAUCUAGCUCUGCUGCUCCAUCUAGUUCCGAAGGUCCAUCUAGUUCCGAAGGUCCAUCAAGUUCCGAAGGUCCAUCUAGUUCUGCUGCUCCAUCAAGUUCCGAAGGUCCAUCCAGCUCUGAGGGCCCAUCUAGUUCUGCUGCUCCAUCUAGUUCCGAAGGUCCAUCCAGCUCUGCUGCUCCAUCUAGUUCCGAAGGUCCAUCCAGCUCUGAAGGCCCAUCCAGCUCUGAAGGUCCAUCUAGUUCUGCUGCUCCAUCUAGUUCUGAAGGCCCAUCCAGCUCCGAAGGUCCAUCAAGUUCCGAAGGUCCAUCUAGUUCUGCUGCUCCAUCAAGUUCCGAAGGUCCAUCCAGCUCUGAAGGUCCAUCCAGUUCCGAAGGUCCAUCCAGCUCUGCUGCCCCAUCAAGUUCCGAAGGUCCAUCCAGCUCAGCUGCUCCAUCUAGUUCUGAAGGCCCAUCCAGCUCCGAAGGUCCAUCAAGUUCCGAAGGUCCAUCUAGCUCUGAAGGUCCAUCUAGUUCAGUUGCUCCAUCUAGUUCCGAAGGUCCAUCCAGCUCUGUUGCUCCAUCAAGUUCCGAAGGUCCAUCUAGUUCCGAAGGUCCAUCCAGCUCUGUUGCUCCAUCAAGUUCUGAAGGUCCAUCCAGCUCCGAAGGUCCAUCUAGCUCUGAAGGUCAAUCCAGCUCUGCUGCUCCAUCUAGUUCCGAAGGUCCAUCUAGUUCUGCUGCUCCAUCAAGUUCCGAAGGUCCAUCCAGCUCUGAAGGUCCAUCCAGUUCCGAAGGUCCAUCCAGCUCUGCUGCUCCAUCUAGUUCCGAAGGUCCAUCCAGCUCUGCUGCCCCAUCAAGUUCCGAAGGUCCAUCCAGCUCAGCUGCUCCAUCUAGUUCUGAAGGCCCAUCCAGCUCCGAAGGUCCAUCAAGUUCCGAAGGUCCAUCUAGUUCUGCUGCUCCAUCAAGUUCCGAAGGUCCAUCCAGCUCCGAAGGUCCAUCUAGCUCUGCCGCUCCAUCUAGCUCUGCUGCUCCAUCUAGCUCCGUUCCAGAAGAUUGUGUCACAUCUGAAGUGCCUGUUUCGACUUGUAUUGAGACUAGUAUUGAAACAGUUCAAUGCGAAACUUCCACUGUGAAAUCUAGUGUUGCAGUCAUUUCAUCUGUGACCACUACUGUUUGUGAAACUUCUGCAGUUCCAACCUCUGUAUGCUCCACAGUAACCUCAACAUCUUACACGGCAUCUCCUGCUUGCCCAACAGGUAAGUUUGGAAGAAGACUUAAGACCAAGAAUGUUCCUGAUGCAAAGUUCAGUAUCUCUGAUGUUACAUUAGUAAAUGAUCUUACAUAUUCUGUAACUCUUGGUAUGACAGCUGACGAAAAUAUGGACAAGAAAAAUUUGGGUGCUUUGAGUUUGAAUUAUGGAAAUGUUAAGCAUACACUUUUCGAUCCUAAGGAAAAUAUUGACAAGAUCAGUAACAUAAAGGAUUGGUCCUAUAAAUUUGAAGUCACAGCUUUGGAUUUCGGUGACAAGAUUUGUUUGCCUAACAUUCUGAUCCUGUUCCAAUGGUGUAUCUUUACCCCACAUGCUUCACUUUGUAAGUCGUGGUCUUUCUCCUAUAACUAUGAUUAUAAAUUUGGCUGUGGUGAUGACCUUGACUUCGAUUGGUCUCAAUACUGUUGGCCAAAACCUCCAAAGACACUGUGCAAAUCCACAAACUACUUAAGUACCAUUUGCAAGACUUCGAGCUUCCCAACUACAACUUGGAAUACCAAUGAGGUUACCACUACUAAAUGCAAAACCUCCCAUGUUCCAACAAGUAGCUGCACGACCAGUUACAGUACUGUGACUCUGUGUCCUUCUAUUAUUCCAUCCAGCUCUGAAGGUCCAUCUAGUUCUGAAGGUCCAUCCAGUUCCGAAGGUCCAUCCAGUUCCGAAGGUCUAUCUAGCUCUGAAGGUCCAUCCAGUUCCGAAGGUCCAUCCAGUUCAGUAGCUCCAUCUAGUUCUGAAGGUCCAUCAAGUUCCGAAGGUCCAUCUAGCUCUGAAGGUCCAUCCAGUUCCGAGGGUCCAUCUAGCUCUGCUGCUCCAUCUAGUUCCGAAGGUCCAUCUAGCUCUGAAGUUCCAUCCAGUUCUGCUGCUCCAUCCAGUUCCGAAGGUCCAUCUAGUUCUGCUGCUCCAUCUAGUUCUGAAGGUCCAUCCAGUUCUGCUGCUCCAUCUAGCUCCGAAGGUCCAUCCAGCUCUGCUGCUCCAUCCAGUUCCGAAGGUCCAUCUAGCUCUGAAGGUCCAUCCAGUUCCGAAGGUCCAUCCAGUUCAGUAGCUCCAUCUAGCUCUGAAGGUCCAUCCAGUUCCGAAGGUCCAUCCAGUUCAGUAGCUCCAUCUAGUUCUGAAGGUCCAUCAAGUUCCGAAGGUCCAUCUAGCUCUGAAGGUCCAUCCAGUUCCGAGGGUCCAUCUAGCUCUGCUGCUCCAUCUAGUUCCGAAGGUCCAUCCAGCUCCGAAGGUCCAUCCAGUUCCGAAGGUCCAUCUAGCUCUGAAGGUCCAUCCAGCUCCGAAGGUCCAUCUAGCUCAGCCGCUCCAUCUAGUUCCGAAGGUCCAUCCAGCUCUGCUGCUCCAUCCAGCUCUGCUGCUCCAUCCAGCUCUGAAGGUCCAUCUAGUUCUGCUGCUCCAUCUAGUUCUGAAGGUCCAUCCAGUUCUGCUGCUCCAUCUAGCUCCGAAGGUCCAUCCAGCUCUGAAGGCCCAUCCAGCUCUGAAGGCCCACCUAGUUCUGCUGCUCCAUCUAGUUCUGAAGGUCCAUCCAGUUCUGCUGCUCCAUCUAGUUCCGAAGGUCCAUCCAGCUCUGCUGCUCCAUCCAGCUCUGAAGGUCCAUCCAGCUCUGCUGCUCCAUCCAGCUCUGAAGGCCCAUCCAGCUCUGAAGGUCCAUCUAGUUCUGAAGGUCCAUCUAGUUCUGCUGCUCCAUCUAGCUCCGAAGGUCCAUCUAGUUCUGAAGGUCCAUCCAGUUCAGUUGCUCCAUCUAGCUCUGAAGGUCCAUCUAGUUCCGAAGGUCCAUCCAGCUCUGAAGGCCCAUCUAGUUCUGCUGCUCCAUCUAGUUCCGAAGGUCCAUCCAGCUCUGCUGCUCCAUCUAGUUCCGAAGGUCCAUCCAGCUCUGAAGGCCCAUCCAGCUCUGAAGGUCCAUCUAGUUCUGCUGCUCCAUCUAGUUCUGAAGGUCCAUCCAGUUCUGCUGCUCCAUCUAGUUCCGAAGGUCCAUCCAGCUCUGAAGGCCCAUCCAGUUCCGAAGGCCCAUCUAGCUCGGCCGCUCCAUCUAGUUCCGAAGGCCCAUCUAGCUCAGUCGCUCCAUCUAGUUCCGAAGGUCCAUCCAGCUCUGCUGCUCCAUCUAGUUCUGAAGGUCCAUCCAGUUCUGCUGCUCCAUCUAGUUCUGAAGGUCCAUCCAGUUCUGCUGCUCCAUCUAGUUCCGAAGGUCCAUCUAGUUCCGAAGGUCCAUCCAGCUCUGAAGGUCCAUCUAGUUCUGCUGCUCCAUCAAGUUCCGAAGGUCCAUCCAGCUCUGAAGGCCCAUCCAGCUCUGAAGGUCCAUCUAGUUCUGAAGGUCCAUCUAGUUCUGCUGCUCCAUCUAGCUCCGAAGGUCCAUCUAGUUCUGAAGGUCCAUCCAGUUCAGUUGCUCCAUCUAGCUCUGAAGGUCCAUCUAGUUCCGAAGGUCCAUCCAGCUCUGAAGGCCCAUCUAGUUCUGCUGCUCCAUCUAGUUCCGAAGGUCCAUCCAGCUCUGCUGCUCCAUCUAGUUCUGCUGCUCCAUCUAGUUCUGAAGGUCCAUCCAGUUCUGCUGCUCCAUCUAGUUCCGAAGGUCCAUCCAGCUCUGCUGCUCCAUCCAGCUCUGAAGGUCCAUCCAGCUCUGCUGCUCCAUCCAGCUCUGAAGGUCCAUCCAGCUCUGAAGGUCCAUCCAGCUCUGAAGGCCCAUCUAGUUCUGCUGCUCCAUCUAGUUCUGAAGGUCCAUCCAGUUCUGCUGCUCCAUCUAGUUCUGAAGGUCCAUCCAGCUCUGAAGGCCCAUCCAGCUCUGCUGCUCCAUCCAGCUCUGAAGGUCCAUCUAGUUCAGCUACAGAGACCUACCCAUGUACUGACACCCCUAGACCAACAGCUUGUCUGCCUUCUUCAGCCGGUAAAAAGGGACUUCGUGCCGUCUUCUAUCCUUAUACGUUUGGUGAUGAUGACACCCUGAAGGGUCUUGGUUAUAUGACUGGUGGAUAUAAGACAUCCGGCAUCAUUGCGGAAGUAGACAACGUCCAGGACUUUAAUUUGAAUAUUCCUCAGAAGUGGAAUCCUUCGAGUUCGAAUGUUAUAUAUGGUGAAACUAUGAAGCAGAACUUCUUGGUAGAACUCACCGGUUAUUUCCAAGCUCCUGCUUCUGGCUCUUAUAACUUCAAGCUUUCUGUCGAUGACGCUGCUGUGCUUUUGCUUGGUGCUGGCCUGGCAUUCCCAUGUUGUAAUACAGACUGUGUUGGUAACAGAGAUGCUAUGUUUGCUCAUUGGAACAAUCAAAAGAAAUUGCUUGGAGAGGAUUCUAGGUCGAUUUCCCUUGAAGGAGGCGCCUACUACCCUCUUAAGAUUGUUUACAAUAACAUGGGUGGGCCAGUAGUCUUAUCUGUAACUGCAAAUGGUCCGGGAGGAGCUAUCUCUAUCAAGGACCACAUCUACAGUUUCGUUAAUACGGCAGAAGGAUGUCCAGCUUCUGUAAAUGUUCGUCGUAACUUCGAAUCGUUCGAAUCAACUUCAUCCAUUGCUGAACCAAGUUCGACUACUACCGAAACUGCUGCGUCAACUACUAUUGUUGAACCAGUUACAAUCACAACACCUUUCAGCGGUAAUGCUAAUCUUAUGGGAAUCUCCAUUCCAGCAUUCUUACUUUCUUUGUUGGCCUAUUUACUCUUCUAAUGGAGGCGUUUACUAAAUUCAACUUUCUUCGUGGAAUCAUAGCGAUUUCCUUCAGUUUUUUCGAUAAGUUUGAGUUGCUCAAACAUUAAUUUCACAUUCGACCAUUUCUGUCAUUAUUGACAGCUUUCUUGAUACCCUAGGCGUAUGAAAUAAG